AUCUACUGCUCGGCCAUAAUCUUUCGGGACGUACUCAUAGCCAUCGGCAAAGUACCGGCGCUUUCAGAGCUAUAUGAGCAGCAAAUUGGUUACGAGUUUGCCGGCCGUCGGGCCAAUACCGGCGAACGGGUUAUUGGUAUAAAUAUAAACAACUCCGUGGCCACCAGUACUCGUGUGGACCCGUAUUUGUUCACAACAAUACCCGACAACUGGUCUAUGGAAGACGCGGUCACUAUUUUGAGCUCGUAUUUCACGGUAUGGUAUGGACUGAUAGAGAGGACUCACAUCAGACAAGGCGAAAGUGUAUUAAUCCAUUCGGCGGCGGGAGGUGUGGGUCAGGCGGCCAUUAAUGUGUGCCAACACUUGGGGUGCGAUAUAUACGCGACGGUCGGCACCGAAGAGAAGAAACAGUUUCUCAUAAAUACA